GAUUUUAGUUUCAGCUUCUCUCUUCUUUCAACUGUUUCUGCUGUUUUUCCGAGAUACCCAUUCCUCUUUGCUCACCACACAUCAUAAUUCACAAUGGCCUCCACCGACCGCAACGCUCCCCUCCGCCUGGGCACCAUUGCCCCCAACUUCCAGGCUGACACCACCACGGGUCCCAUUGACUUCCACGAGUUUAUUGGCGACAACUGGGUCAUCCUCUUCUCCCACCCCGAGGACUACACCCCCGUCUGCACCACCGAGCUCGGCGAGAUGGCCCGCCUUGAGCCCGAGUUCAAGAAGCGCGGCGUCAAGCUGAUCGGUCUCUCCGCCAACACCCUCGGCAGCCACGAGGGCUGGAUCAACGACAUCAAGGAUGUCACCGGCUCUCAGGUUCAGUUCCCCAUCAUUGCCGAUAAGGAGCGCAAGGUUGCCUACCUCUACGACAUGCUCGACUACCAGGACACCACCAACGUCGACGAGAAGGGCAUCGCCUUCACCAUCCGCUCCGUCUUCGUCAUCGACCCCAAGAAGACCAUCCGCACCAUCCUCGCGUACCCCGCCUCGACCGGCCGCAACUCCGCCGAGAUCCUCCGCAUCGUCGACUCCCUCCAGACCGGCGACAAGCACAAGGUCACCACCCCCAUUAACUGGGUCCCUGGUGAUGACGUUAUUGUCCACCCUUCCAUCAAGGGAGAGGAGGCCACCCGUCUCUUCCCCAACCUCAAGGCUGUCAAGCCCUACCUCCGCUUCACUCCCCUUCCCAAGGACGCUUAAGCGUAGGGCGGACGUGGCUUAUCUGAAGUGUGCUGCGACGGUUUUGGGAGGCUGGUUUGGGGACUGGAGUUCUCUCUUCUUUUUCUUUCGCUCUCAAGCGUAGUCACCCAAAAACAAAGAUGAACAAACAGAUAAAUGAAAUGAAAUAAGAAAAAACUAAUGACGAACAACAACCGUUCCUGACUGCUGCACAGCUGGCCGUCUCUGGCGAUUAAUUCGAGAAUAAAAAUUAU